UUUUUGUGAUAUUCCAAACCCCGUUCAUAACUAUGGCAGGGGGACGAUGGAUUGCAGUUUUGGUCAUAUGUGUUCUUGUUCAGGCCAUUCAUGGAGGUGCUCCUAACAAUAGAGGAAACGAGUUCAUCAUUGGUUUUAUGGAAAACCAAGGGACUUCAAUUCCUGUGGAGGUGUUCGUCACCACAAUGCGUACUGUCACGGUUAAUGUAAACGUAACAGCCCCUCGGUACGAUUCUUCCAUUAACGAACAGUUCAGCGUUAAGGCAGGGGAGGUAAAGCAGCUAUUUUUUCCAGCAGCAAUCCGACCAGUUGGCUGUCAGAAAAAACCCAACGCUAUACAUGUCAAGGCCGACGAUGACGUCGUAAUUUACGCCGUAAACAAAGAGAAGUAUUCCAACGAUGCCUACCUUGGCGUGCCCAUCGAUGUUUUGGGAAAGGAAUACUAUGCCGUGACAUUUUACCCGCCCACUCAGCAGUGCGAGAUGAUGAUUGUAGGUGUGGAAGAUGGCACAACAGUAACAAUCAGAUUGCCUGCCAGCAUGCAGCAGUCCGUAUCUUGGAACGGCCAGACGUACGCCGCCGGGGACACUCUGACCGGAACAGUUGAUCGUUUUGACACCUGGCAGUUGAUAUCUAAAGGAGAUUUGACCGGAGCUUACAUCACUUCCGACAAGAACGUGGGUAUCAUUAGCGGAAAUAAAAAGACAAAAAUUGGGAGUGGAGGCUCCUCCGAUCAUUUGUGCGAAAUGAUGGUACCAGUUGGCAGAUGGGGUAAGAAUUACAUCUCCGUUCCAAUUCCAGAGAGAACUGUAGGCGACAAAUUCCGAUUCAUUGCCAGUGAAGCUAGUACAACAGUGACCAUCUCUGGGGGACACACCGAGACCUUUACCCUGACCAACGCCGGUGACUUUGUAGAGAAGGAUAUCGCAUCUGGGGCCUACUGCUCCAUUAAGGCAGACAAAGCCAUCAUGGUGGUCCAGUUUGUUCUCAGUCAGCAGUUGAGCACAGAACCUUCCGAUCCUGCCAUGAUGGUUCUUCCACCUAUUGAACAGUAUGCCGCUGACUACACUUUCACUACUCCUAAAUACUCUCUUCCUCCUGCAACUUACGACAGUUUUUUCAUGUUUGUCAUCAAAGAUGCUGACAAGGAUGGUCUUAAGGUUGAUGGAACACCCUUCUCCACUACAUACAACACAGUGACACAUAAUGGAGUCGACUACGCUGCCGGCUAUAUCGCGGUCUCGGAAGGCACGCACACUGUUCGUCACGACUCUCCAAUCAAAGUGUUCGGAGGUUAUCUGUAUGGAAAAGCCAAGUACGAAACUUACGCCUUCACAACUGGAACUCGACUUGCACCAAUCAAUGAACCAUGUUCCCCGACAGCCUCUCAGAUUGGCGAUGGUAUUGACAAUGAUUGUGAUGGAUUGAUAGACGAGGAGGCCUGUUGGGAUAGCAACAAAGAUGAUGAUGGCGAUUCAAGACAAGACGAGGACUGCGCAACCCCGCCACCAGUUGACGGUAUGUGGGCAGACUGGGCUCCUUGGAGCGCAUGCUCAGUGACCUGCUUUUCUACAACUGGUGCUAACAACAAUGGUUCUAAAUCCCGAGAAAGAACUUGCACCGAUCCUGCCCCAGCGUAUGAUGGAAAACAGUGCGUCGGUCAACCAUCCGAAGUUCAGUCCUGCUCAAUUACCACCAUAAACUGUCCAGUUGAUGGAGCAUGGACCUCAUGGGAGAGCUGGGGAACGUGCACCGUGACAUGCGGCAGCGGCUCGCAGUCACGUGCACGCACCUGCACCAACCCAUCCCCACAGUUCGGUGGAGCCGAUUGCGCUGGAGACAACAGCGAAUUCAAGCAAGGCUGCAACCCGUCAGUUUGCCCAACUGCAAGCGCCAACAAUUACGUUCAGGUAUGA